UCUCGCGAUAGGAGAGCGGCCGGGCGGGUGGCACAGCUUCCCUCUCCCUCCUCUUCCCCCUCCUCCGCGCGUUAGUUCCGGUCGCAAAGGAGACACUGCUGCAGUUGUCGCCACAUCGGGAUUUCUGGCUCUCUUCUCUUCGCCUUAAAUUCGGGUGUCUUUUAUGAAUAAUCAAAAGCAGCAGAAGCCAACGCUAUCAGGCCAGCGUUUUAAAACCAGAAAAAGAGAUGAAAAAGAGAGGUUUGACCCUACUCAGUUUCAAGACUGUAUUAUUCAAGGCUUAACUGAAACUGGUACUGAUUUGGAAGCAGUAGCUAAGUUUCUUGAUGCUUCUGGAGCAAAACUUGAUUACCGCCGAUAUGCAGAAACUCUCUUUGACAUUCUGGUGGCCGGUGGAAUGCUGGCCCCAGGUGGUACACUGGCAGAUGACAUGAUGCGUACAGAUGUCUGUGUGUUUGCAGCACAAGAAGACCUAGAGACCAUGCAAGCAUUUGCUCAGGUUUUUAACAAGUUAAUCAGGCGAUACAAAUACCUGGAGAAAGGUUUUGAAGAUGAAGUAAAAAAGCUGCUGCUGUUCUUGAAGGGUUUUUCUGAGUCAGAGAGGAACAAACUGGCGAUGUUGACUGGUGUUCUUCUGGCUAAUGGAACACUGAACGCAUCCAUUCUUAACAGCCUUUAUAAUGAAAAUCUGGUUAAAGAAGGGGUUUCAGCGGCUUUUGCUGUAAAGCUCUUCAAGUCAUGGAUAAAUGAAAAAGACAUCAAUGCGGUAGCUGCAAGCCUUCGGAAAGUCAGCAUGGACAACAGACUGAUGGAACUGUUUCCUGCCAAUAAGCAAAGCGUUGAACACUUCACAAAGUAUUUUACUGAGGCAGGCUUGAAAGAGCUUUCAGAGUAUGUUCGGAAUCAGCAAACUAUAGGUGCACGGAAGGAGCUCCAGAAAGAGCUUCAGGAACAGAUGUCCCGUGGGGAUCCGUUCAAGGAUAUAAUUUUAUAUGUCAAGGAGGAGAUGAAAAAAAACAACAUCCCGGAACCGGUGGUCAUUGGAAUCAUCUGGUCAAGUGUCAUGAGCACAGUGGAGUGGAACAAAAAAGAGGAGCUUGUAGCAGAGCAAGCCAUCAAGCACUUGAAGCAAUACAGCCCUCUACUUGCUGCCUUUACUACUCAAGGUCAGUCUGAGCUGACUCUGUUACUGAAGAUUCAGGAGUAUUGCUAUGACAACAUUCACUUCAUGAAAGCCUUCCAGAAAAUAGUGGUGCUUUUUUAUAAAGCUGAGGUCCUGAGUGAAGAGCCCAUUCUGAAGUGGUAUAAGGAUGCGCAUGUUGCAAAGGGGAAAAGCGUCUUCCUUGAGCAAAUGAAAAAGUUUGUAGAGUGGCUCAAAAAUGCUGAAGAGGAUUUUCUCACGAUUGACUUCAGGCAGAAUCUGAGUCUGAAGCUGAAGAAGGUGACUGAAUUUCGAAACUGCACCCUCAGUAAAGCAAACAGGAGUUGUAGAUACAAUGUCAUGUCUCAUGUGUCCUGGUUCUUACAUCUUCCUACCUCCCUAUAUCAAGCAUGAUAUAAGGGCUUUCAUGGCAAAUUUUAUUUUAACUGUUUCUGUGGUUACUGGAGAUGUUGGAUUUAGUUUCUGAAACCAUGUUUGAAGUAGCUACAGGAGCUAUAGAUUUGAAUCUAAUGUUGCAUUUAUCUUUUCAGUUAUCUUCUACCUCCUGUAUUUUCUACUGUAAUAAUGUAAUUUAAGGCCUUCCACAAUGAACAGUUCACUUUAUUCCCUGGGUUUUCUAUAAACAGUUUUCAAGAUAUGAUUUGGUUAAAAAUAAUUUGUUAUAAAAAUUCUGUUUGCAAAUUAAACUGUAUAAGUAUCCAAAGUCUCAAAAGGCAAUGAUUUGUGUGAUAAUGUGGUCGGCCCAGAGCCCUGCUCAUCAGUGAAAAACUCAUCAGCAGUCAUUGGAUUCAUUCCCAUGAAUCGAGUAUUUGGGCCAUUACUUGCAUAUUAACAUUUUCUUGCAUUUCUUACCCCAGAUGUCCUUGCUUGCUCUCUGGUUUCCAUCCUUAGUGAAGCCAGAAGUGUAGGAACUCACAUGUGCAGUGGCAGUGGGAAGAGCUGAGCUUUUUCCCCACUGAGAACCUUUUGCAUUCACUUUGUAUCUUCCCAGCAAAACAAAUGGGUAUUCUUUACAAGUACAACCAUUUGCAAAUGUAUCUUAGAAAAGUCUUGUCAUUUAGAGUAUUUUUUGCUCAGAAUACACAUGGAUUGAUAGAAAAGGAACUUGUAAAGGAGUUUGAGUAAAGUAAAUGACCAUACUAAAUACGAAACCCAGUAAAAAUUGAAAAUUUUAACAGCAUGUUCUCACUGGGAAUCUAGAUACGAUUUAGAUUUCCAUUGGCUUGGAGUAUUUGUCAUGAAGAAUGAAGUGCAGUUGGUCGUACUGGCCUGGCUUUGUCCUGUGAACGAGUUCAGUGAGGACUCACGAAUCUUGCUAUUAACAUACCGUAGUUGCCAUUUGUUAAUUGCCAUGAGCCAAAUAUUUCUUCUAUACAAGUAAUCAUUUAUUUUUAAUGGCUGCCUUUUAGUUUUCAUCUUUCCUUUCUUGCUGCUACCCAUCUAUGUAUAUAGUCUUUAGGGGGGAAAAAUGUAGCCACAUUUUUUAAUGGAAAGACUUUGUGUCAAAAGUGAGCAUUUUGAAGGUUUAUUUGGUGAAAGAAACUAGCCUGAAAUAAGGUCACCAGAGACUGAGUGGAAACUGCUGCUUUUGAAGGUGCCAUUCUUUGGAACCAAGAGUUUCGUGUUUAAAAGUUAAUCUUGAGGGAAUAACAUGUAAUAUAAUUUGAAAUAAAAGUAUAAUGAACUUAAAAAGAACAUUAUAACUGAUAAUAUUGUGAAUGGGGAGAAUUUGUUAAAUGAAUAACUUUGAUAAAGUUUUCAUGCACAUGCAAAAUGUAUUCACUAGAUUUCUACAUAGUGAUCUGCUUUUACUUUGUAAUUUGUAGUCCUCAAAAGACUUUUUUUAAAAAAAUAAAGUCCAUCCUUACACCUUAGGCAUUUAUA